CCCUAGGGUGUGAUACGCAAUCGCUUACGACCUUGUGCUCGAGUUUUUGGUAUAAAAGAUAGCCCAACUUCGUUGUCAUUUAUCAGUUUCAUUGCAGAACGAACCAGCAUACACCUUCAAUCAACAUGAACAAGUUCGUUGUUUUGGCUACAUUGUUUGCUUCGGCUAUGGCUACCGCUGACCCAUCCUAUUCUAUUGCGGCUUAUCCAGCCCCAGCUUAUCCAGCUCCAGCUCCAGCUUAUCCAGCUCCGGCUUAUCCCGCAACAAUGCCGGCCUACGAACAGCCAGCUUACAGCAAACCUGCUGAAGAAGAUUACUCACCAAUGCCAUUUGACUUCGCCUACGAAGUUAAGGACGAUGCUACUUACCAAGACUUUUCACACAAAGAGGCAAGCAACGGUAAAGUCGUCACAGGAUCUUACCGUGUCGCUCUCCCCGACAGUCGCACCCAAAUCGUCACCUACAAGGCUGAUGAAAACGGAUACGUCGCUGACGUGAAAUACGAAGGAGAGGCGAAAUACGACGAAUACAAACCCGCCGCUUACCCAGCAGAGUCCGCCUACCCCAGGCCAGCUUACCCAGCGGAGUCAGCUUAUCCUAUGCCCACCUACUCUGAGCCGUCUAACCCCAAGCCCGCAUACUCUGAACCCUCUUACCCUAAGCCUGCCUAUUAGAAUCAUUACGCCCCAAGACCACGCAAAAGUCCAUUUCCUUUUAUCAAAUGGAUAAUGUAAUAUAAUGAAAUAUCUCGAAAACAAAUAAAUAUAGCUGUCGAUUUAGAAAAGAA